AUGGGUUCCGGCUGUUGUAAAGAAGAGGAAAUAGAUUUCGAUGCAGAAGGAAAGGGCGCUUUCGGAAAGGUCCGAGUAGUGCAGCACAAGAAAUCAAAAGUUAUAUAUGCACUUAAAUAUAUCAAUAAAGCAAAAUGUAUAAAGAUGCGUGCUGUGGAAAAUAUUAUACAGGAACGCCGUUUGCUAGAAGAAAUUGAAUAUCCUCUAGUAUGCAAUUUGCGUUACGCUUUUCAAGACGAUGAAAAUCUAUUCAUGGUACUUGACCUGAUGUUAGGUGGUGAUUUAAGGUUUCAUUUAGAACGACAAGCUUGCAUGAAAGAGGAUGUAGUAAAAUUUUAUGUUGCUGAAGUCAGUUUAGGAUUAAAUUAUUUACAUGCUAAAAAGAUUGUUCAUAGGGAUUUAAAGCCUGAUAAUGUUCUUUUGGAUGAAAAGGGCCAUGCUCAUUUGACCGAUUUUAAUAUAGCCGUUCAUUUCAAUGAAAGGAAGCCCCUUACAUCGGUUGCUGGUUCUAUGGCAUAUAUGGGAUACCUUGAUUCAGUAGACUGGUGGUCACUCGGUGUUAUUAUGUAUGAACUCUUAUUUAGCAAGCGACCGUUUCGUGGAAAAUCGAACGCCCAAUUAACACAAGCAAUCCUUCAUGAACCUCUUCAAUUUCCUGAUAAUGUUUAUGAUAUGGUUUCUAGAGAAUGUAUUGAUUGUUUAAAACGGUUUUGUGAGCGGGAUAUAAGCAAACGCCUUGGAUGCGGUCCUAAUGGUAUAGAAGACAUUAAACGUCACCCAUGGUUCAAAGAUAUAGAGUGGGAUAAACUUGAUACAAAACAAGCUAAAGCUCCAUUCAUUCCAGAUUCAAAACGUGCCAAUUUUGAUGCCACUCAUGAGCUUGAAGAACUUCUUCUUGAAGAUAAUCCUCUCAAAGCUAAAAAACGUGCAAAUCCCAAUCAAGACCUUAGUGAACUUUCGAAAGAAAUGAGAAUGAUGGAGGAAAAAUUCUUAAUAUAUGACUUUACUAAGAUGGCUAGAAGAAGUUAUUUUAUAAAUCCUCCGGAAAGAUCAACUAGGCGAAGAAGUGAAAGAAGCAGUGGAUCUACCACUGUUGAUCGAAUGAUGAUGAACAAUUAUUCUGCUGCAACAAUUCAACUUGAUAAUAUGGACAGUACUGAUACUUCAAAUCUUCAACAUCCAUCAAUGGUAAAACUACAACAUGCACGUACUGAAUCGGAUCUUACCGCU